AUGGUGGCGACGAAGAAGACGACCACGGGGAGGCAGAGGACGAAGAAGACGACCACGGGGAGGCAGAGGAUCGAGAUGAAAGCUAUCCAGAAGGAGGCGGCGCGGCAGGUGUGCUUCUCCAAGCGGCGUGCCGGCGUGUUCAAGAAGGCCAGCGAGCUCUUUGUUCUCUGCGGCGCCGAGAUCGCUGUCCUCGCCUUCUCGCCCAGCGGCAAGCCCUUCUCCUACGGUCACCCCUCCGUCGAGUCAAUCUUGGAACGGUUUUUCGGUGGCAGUGCCGACGCUGCGCCUGCUACCCCGCCGCGGCACCCUCUCUCCGCCGUGCUGGUUCAGGCGCUCGGCCGCCAGGAGAAGGAGCUGAGGGAGCGGCUCGAGGCAGGGAAGAGGAGGAAGGCGGCGCUCGAGGAGGCGCUGCGGGGGCCGCAGUGGGGCCCGGUGGGCGGCGCUGAUGUGGAGGAGCUCGGGCUGCCGGAGCUCGACCUGCUGCAGCCGUAG